AUGGAAGUCCGUCCACAGACUCAAGUCAGCGUGGAUACAGCAAAUGAUGAUGCUGAAUCGGAACUGACCAUUUGGAUGAGACACAAUAAAGCAACCAAAUGGACAGCUAAUUUGCUGUUUAUAUUGCAUGAAAAAGCUCAUCAUAGUGUAGAAAAAGUUGCACUACCUUUUAAUCAGACUAUACUACUAAACACGGAUGAGGUCUCAAUUUCAGUUAUUAUUAUAACACAGUUUAAUGUAAUAUUUAGUUGUGCACAGCAACUUGGUCUUUCAUCUCGUCCUUUCCAGUUAGCAACAACUAAUCGAUUGACAAAAGAAGAAGAGUUACUUACUUUAACGGGACAAUCUAGUAUCGACUGA